AUGCCGCUGAUUUUUCUCUGUCCGAAAACUAUGAACAGUCUGGCUAAUCUGCACAAAGCGUCUUCCGAAGACUCGCUUCUUGUCAAAGGUUUCUGCUUUCUCCCUUCUUUGUUGCUGUUUGGAAAAAAAAAUAGACCUCUGAAUCAAUUAUUGUAGUUAAAUCGUAAUGUUGAAUUCUUGAGAACCAUCAGCUGUGGUCCAGUUGUACAAGUUGUACAAAUCGCUCGUAAAACAUCAAUAUCAACAAUUAUCGUGGUUCUUGGUACUUUUUCGACUUUCCAAGCGAAUGGCAAAUAUUUGAGCUUUUUCAUACAGCUCCCAAAAGGGAAAAGCUUGGUAAACUUUGAAGGGACCUUGUGAAAAAUUAAUAUUAUUUUUUGAAACUGAUCUUUUCUCUAAUAAUUUAUUUUUUUUUAUGAAAAAAGCCAUUUGGAAGUUCAUUUUCAGAUAGCAAACCCAACACGCCACGAAUCAAAGAAGUUCCACAGGGCGUCUCAACAUCAACUCCCAGCUUGAACAAUUAAAAAAUUUCGGUUACAUACUAUUUUCGAGUCCAUUUCAAGGAUCAGUUCGCUGUAAAUUUGUUCUCUGUUGCCCGAAUAAAAAUAAUGUGGAAAUUCGCAAUUUUAUCAAUCUACGCAGUUUCCUUCAGAAUGGCUACAGAAUAUUUGUAGGCACAGUAUUCUUCUUAUGCAAGGUCCAAAUAAGCCCCGCGAAUCUAGUCAUACCGAUAAUGAGGCCAAUUGUGAAUCCAAACUAUAAACGAUUUCUAAUCUCUGACGUAAUCAGGUAAUUAAAUAGACAGGUGAGGCUCACAGGGCGAGCGUCUGAACGCACCUGUCGGUCUCUUUCCCGUUACAUUUUUUUGUUUUCAUCCAAAUUGAGGCUGUUUUUUCUUUUUUUCUGUAGGUAUCUGGAUGUCAGACUAUGAGAAUUGUGUCAAAGGGGAAAUGAGCUAUGAUACACCGAGAAAAACUUGCAUCAGAAUUCUUCACUUCGCUAUGCUCCGAAAUAACGAUCCAAUUUCCAUUUUCUCCAAAAACUCGAUUCACAGUUGAGCAAGGACUUUGCCAGAAAGUUUUUUUUUUUCAUCGACGCUCUACAUAUCAGCUUAAUUUUACUCAUUCUGAAGCGGCAAACAUAAUAGUUUUCCCCGGAAAAAGCAAAUAAAACAUAAAAUCAUCAACAAUAUAUUUGACUUGAAUUAAAUCUUUUUUUUAGCAUUAAGUAUGCCACAUUACUAGGCUCUAAGAAUAUUUUGACUCAAUUUUCUAAGUUAGCAGUUAAAAAACAUUCUACGCACUGCGCACAGGAGGAAAACUUAUUAAUAAAUAUUUAUUUCAAAGUAACGUCUUCUGCGCGUGGGGUCUAGGGCUUUUAGAGCCUCCGAUAAUCGUAUAGCUUGCCUCACGUAAAUUGACAAGAGAUUUAUCGUUGGGGCUCGCUUUUUCACACCCCUAUGGUUCUAUUUUUUUUUCUUCUUCUAUCAAUAGAUGUUCUAAAUUUCUUCUUCCUUUUCGGCUGGCUUGGGACAGUGAAGGGGCGCUUUAACUUACGCGGCGAUGGUAGAUCAUGGCGGCCAUACAUGCAACUUUUUAAAAAGUGCCUUAUUUGGCGAAUUAUUUCUGAAUCUAUUUUUUUGUUUGAAUUUACCUCAUUGUUUUUUUAGAUUUUUAAAUUCACGAAUUAUAAGAGAAAAAAGAAUAAUUCAUAAAAAGGCGCUUUUAUUGAAGACGCAUGAAUAGUCGCCAUGAUCUACCUUCGCCGCGAAAAUUAAACCGCCUAUUUGCUGUCCCAAGCCAGCCGUGAACGGGCUAUAUCUUCUCGGACUUUGGUAACGCAAAAUUUUUCAAAGAGAUCCUUUUUUGAUUCUGCGAAAUCAAAAAUAGCGGUCAGACAGACAGAGGAGCGAUUUCAGCCAUUGUGAGUUUACUGUUAUUUCUUUCUUCGCAAUUUAACAAACAACAAAAAAAAAACCCUCAGCUGCUUUUAAGAGCAUCGGGCUGGUACCUGGUAUUGUUCAGCCGGCCUCGGUCCGCCAUGGACUAUUUUGAAACCGUUGUCGCCAUUUCCAUAACGGAAGGCGCAUUUAUUGUCAUCGCGGUAACUGAAUUUUCAAAGAUAAAAGGCUUUCAAAUGCGGAAAAAAAAUGAUCUAAAUACAGAAAUUGGGCAAAGUCGGUCGGUUCGGUCGGUCGGUCGGUCGGUUUGGAAAACCAGACCACGUCGCAAUUUUGCUCCAUGGAAAAUCGAAUUUCAGACUUUUUUCCCUUUUUCUAUAUUUUUCCUUCCUUUUUAUCAGUUUUCUAGGAUAUGGGACACAUGCUCCUCACUUCGACUGAACUGUUCCUCAUUUAUCAUUGUUUCCCUAGGUAAUUUUUUACCUUUUGUUAAGGGUAUUUUUGUUUCUCGCCUUUUUGUGUACUUUACACAUUAUCUCAUUUUCCGAUUACUUAUGAUUUUUGAUUUCGCUCAUUCGGUUAUAUGAAGUUAUUUUGGAUCCAAAAAAAUAAAUAAGAAUUUUUUUAAAAAUUGAAUCAGUUUAUAAUUUUGAAUGUAGUAAUCAUCGUUUUUUUCUCGCGAGAACGAUACAGUUGAAUGAAAAAUAAGCGAAAACCUUUUUUUAGUAAAAUUUAAAAAAAAGUAAGAAAAAAAUUCGGAAAAAGAAAAAAAGUUUGAAAUUCUAUGUGUUCCAUGGAGCAAAAUUGCGGCGUGGCCUAGUUUUUCCAAAAACGACCGACCGACCGCAGCCAAAGUGUCUGCGGCCUUGAAUCAUAAUCGAUUAUGUAUAGGUCAUUCCGCGCCAGCUUGUCACGAUUUUAAUUUUCCUCGGAGCUAGAGAAUCCAUUUCGGCGCUUCGCUUCGAUGCUCUCGGUGUCCCCCUUGCGUGCGCCUUUAAUAAAACAUUAUUUUUUUGAUCAAGAUAUUGCUUCAAUUUUUCUCUAUCUCUUUUAUUAAUUUACGAGGUUGUUUUUUUAAUGGAUUGGUUUCCUUUUUUUCGCUUUAACUAUACACACUCAGAUUCUGUGCUGGAUUUGUAAAAAAAGAAAAAUCAAAAAAAGAUUGAAUUAUUACUUUUUUUAAUUGUUAUUAAGGAAACCGACUGUUCGAGCUUUUCUUGCAUAUAAUUUUUGGGUUAGUUUGAUAUAAAAUUUGAUGUUACAACUGUUUCUGCAGAACAAGAAAAUUCGAAAGUUCGGAAAUAAUGAGUUUCAUUAAAGGCGCACGCAAGGGGGCACACCGAGAGCAUCGAAGCGAAGCGCCGAAAUUGGUUCUCUAGCUCCGAGGAAAUUUAAAAUCGUGACAAGCUGGCGCGGAAUGACCUAUAUCGUGAACGCGAUGAAAUUUUGCACACGCUAAUCUUUCUUUUUUUUCAGUAUAAAAUUUUUCGAAACCGAAAUCUUCGAAACCUCACAUCAACUGUUCCAGUAGUAGUCGUUGAUUAUUUUUUUGUUUCCAAUUUUAAUCGUUCGCUCCAGACGUUCCGCCUGAAGGAAAAUAAUUUUAAAAAAUUUUUUAAGAUAUCAAACUGUACUAUUUGAAGCUGUCGUCGAAUCUACAUGGACUGAUCAGAGCAAGUUCGUUGAAAGCUUCCUGCAAUAAUUUCACCAUUAAAAAAAAAACAAGUCGAUUACAUUAUUCGAACUGCAAUUUUUUGACUGAUUAGCUAUGUCAAGUCACCAAGUAAGUUAGGAAAGCUUUAUCUAAUCAGAAACAACUAACUAGGCGGUGCGCUAGAGCUCCGCUCGGCCUUGUCACAACUAAGAAUCCUAGACGCCGAAAGCCGUGACGGCAUUUUCCGCGGGAGUCCCAUCAUCGCUUUGUCAGCAUCGCGCUGCCAACAGUUUGUGCCUCGGCCACCGGAAUGGGCUUCGGCGUGACUUUGCGUAUCCAAUUUGCAAGCAAAGAGGAUCGGCACUCCGGGAGUCCCACGGGCCCAAUCUACUAG